AUGUUGUCGGUCGCCGCCCGCUCGGGCCCGUUCGCGCCCGUCCUCUCGGCCACGUCCCGCGGGGUGGUGGGCGCGCUGAGGCCCUUGGUACAGGCUUCGGUGCCCGCCACCCCGGAGCCGCUGGUGCUGGACGUGAAGCGACCUUUCCUGUGCAACCACUCACUUAUCACCACAGCCCUGAGCAGGAUCGUGGUCCUCCUUGCCUCUGUUGCCCGUCCUUACUGCAGUGGUGGUGAGGAUUGGGCUGAGGAUGAGGAUGGUGAGAUGGUGACAGUGAAGAGGACAGUCUACAUCAUCCGUGUCACGUGGUCCAGUGGCACCACCGAGGCCAUUUACCGGCGCUACAGCAAGUUCUUCGACCUGCAGAUGCAAAUGUUGGACAAAUUCCCCAUGGAAGGAGGACAGAAAGACCCUAAACAGCGGAUUAUUCCCUUUCUGCCAGACUCACCUGGAUAUGCCUCUCCUCCUCAGGCUCUGAUCCAGCUGCCGCCCUACAUAUCUCAGUGUGAGGAGGUGCUACAGUUCUUUGAGACAAGACCCGAGGACCUGAACCCCCCCAAAGAGGAGCACAUUGGGAAAAAGAAAUCUGGUGGGGAUCUGGCCUCGGUCGACCCCAUGGUCCUAGAACAGUAUGUGGUGGUUGCAGACUAUCAGAAGCAAGAGAGCUCGGAGAUCAGCCUCAGCGUGGGACAGGUCGUAGACAUCAUUGAGAAAAAUGAGUCAGGCUGGUGGUUCGUCAGCACUGCAGAGGAGCAAGGCUGGGUUCCUGCGACCUGUCUCGAAGGACAGGAUGGUGUGCAGGAUGAAUUUUCUCUACAGCCUGAAGAAGAGGAGAAGUACACAGUCAUCUACCCAUACACGGCUCGUGACCAGGAUGAAAUGAACCUGGAGAGAGGGGCCAUGGUGGAGGUCAUCCAGAAAAACCUGGAAGGCUGGUGGAAGAUCAGGUACCAGGGCAAAGAAGGCUGGGCCCCUGCCUCCUACCUCAAGAAGAGCAGCGGAGAGCCCUUACCCCCAAAGCUGGGCCCUGGCUUCUCUGCCCACUCGGGCGCCCUUGACCUGGAUGGUGUUGCCCGGCAGCAGAAUGCAGUGGGCAGAGAGAAGGAGCUGAUCAACAACCAGAGGGACGGCCGGUUUGAAGGCCGCCUGGUGCACGAUGGCGACAUCAAGCAGAGAUCACCCAAGAUGAGGCAGAGACCCCCUCCUCGCCGGGAUAUGACCAUCCCUCGAGGUCUCAACCUGCCGAAGCCUCCUGUCCCGCCGCAGGUAGAGGAAGAAUAUUACACCAUCGCGGAGUUCCAGACCACCAUCCCAGAUGGCAUCAGCUUCCAGGCAGGCCUGAAGGUUGAGGUGAUUGAGAAGAACUUGAGUGGCUGGUGGUACAUUCAGAUUGAUGAUAAGGAAGGGUGGGCUCCAGCAACCUUCAUUGAUAAGUACAAGAAGACCAGCAAUGCCUCAAGACCCAACUUCCUGGCUCCCCUGCCCCACGAGGUGACCCAGCUCCGGCUCAGAGAUUCAGCAGCAAUGGAAAACAGCACAGGCAAUGAGACUGUGGGUCCCUCCCGGCCCUUGCCCAACACACCACAUGGUGCCAUGGACUCAGGGAUGUCAUGGUCCAAAGACUGGAAGGGUGGGAAGGAGGCCCAGAGAAAGGCAUCCUCAGAUAUGUCAGCAUCAGCAGGCUACGAGGAGAUCUCAGACCCUGACCUGGAAGAGAAGCCCAGCCUCCCUCCAAGGAAAGAAUCCAUCAUCAAGUCGGAAGGAGAGCUGCUGGAGAGAGAGCGACAGAGGAUAGAGCAGAUCCGGGGCUCUCCAGCCAAGCCUCCUGGUAUGAUUUUGCCAAUGAUUCCAACCAAGCAUGCACCCCCAGCCCGGGACAGCAGGAGACCUGAGCCCAGACCUGACAAAAGCAAAUUGUUCCAACUCAAAAACGACAUGGGGCUGGAGUAUGGCCACAAGGUAUCGGCCAAGGAAGUGAAGAAGCCCAAUCUCCGGCCCAUCUCCAAAUCUAAAACUGAACCUCCAGAGGACAAGCCAGAUGCCAUUCCCCAGAAUCCAUUCUUGAAGUCUAAACCUCAUGUUAGGCCAAAACCAGCUCCAUCUCCCCGGACAGAGCCAUCUCAGGGUGAAGACCAAGUGGACAUCUGUCACCUCAGGAGUAAGCUUAGACCUGCCAAGUCCCAGGAGAAAUCCUUGCUGGAUGGGGAGAGCCACCAGGCUGCUGGGGGCCAAGACAUGGCCUUUAGCCGAAGUUUCCUCCCAGGGGAGGGGCCUAGCUGGGCCCAGGACAGGGCUGGCAGGCAGGACGGGUUUGGCCCAAAGGAGACAACCUGUAGGCCCCCUCCAAGACCAACCAAGGCCACAGAGGCUGGACCUAAAAAUGUGCCCGUCCCUCUCCAAGACCCUACCCAGCAGAGACCUGUGGUCCCACCCCGAAGACCACCACCCCCUAAGAAAAGCUCAUCUUCAUCCAAGCCCCUCCCAGAAGUCAGAGGUCCACCAUAUGAAGCCAGUGAAAGCAGGGUGGUCCCUGCUCCUGGCCGUACCCUACUUGUCCCUCCCAAAGCCAAACCUUUUCUCUCCAGUUCUUCUGGGGGCCAAGAUGACAUGCGAGGCAAAGGUGGGCUGGGGCCGUGGGCAGCUGGCAAGAUGGGAGAGAACAAGGAGAAAGCAGCCGCGGCCUCCUUCCCCAGUGCCGAUGGCCCGAAGGACUCUCUGUAUGUGGCUGUAGCCAAUUUUGAAGGGGAUGAAGAUACCAGCAGCUUCCAGGAAGGGACAGUAUUUGAAGUCCGGGAAAAGAACAGCAGCGGCUGGUGGUUCUGCCAAGUCGUUAGUGGGGCCCCUUCCUGGGAAGGCUGGAUUCCUUCCAACUAUCUCAGGAAGAAGCCAUAGCUUCCUGCCUCCCUGACAGGAAGUCCUGCUGGUCCCUGCUGGCUUUCCCCGUGUAUUUAAUGUGUAUUCUAAUUUAUCAGUCUCCAUGCAGUUUCAAAGAAGGAAGCUACUGGAGUGCUGCUUUCUUCCCUGCCUGGGUAGAAAGUGAAUGGCUGCAAUGUCAGCAGCUCUGGGGCUGGCGCCUCCCAUCAAAGCAUUCCUAGAGCUCCAAAACCACCUCCCUUGCUGGAUAGAAAUCCACCUCAGUAUCCCUGCCUUAAGAGAACUCCUCCUGGCCAGUGGCACUGCCACCCAGCAGCAGGACAGUGACACUUCCAGGCCUCCAGAUUUAGACCUGCCUCCUGGAGCAGCUCCAGACAGGGUCUGUCACUGCUCAGACAAGGCAUGGUAAGCAGCAGCCCUGCCAGUCCCCAACAACUUGCUGUAACUCCUUCAUGGAUCUAAAAGCUAGUGACUUUUUUCACUGUUGAAGAACAGCGUCCUGUGCAAGUCAGCUCUUGCCAGUCCCCUGGAAAGUGUCCUCUUUCCAAGACCUUGGGUCCUCUGGCUUCUGAGGCUCAGCUGAAUGCGGCUCCCCAAGAGUGGGGCUGGAGGUCCACUUGGCUGUCCUGCCUGCCAUCUUCUGCCUUGAGACUCUGACUGCUCUGAAGGGGUGGCUCCAGCCCCAAGCAUACGACAUUUCCAUGAUGCAGGCUCCAGUCCCUCUAGUCUGCUAGAUCAGAAUUCCUACUCCCAUUUGGACCAUUUCCCUCUUGUCUACCUAGACCAAAAGUCUCCAAGUCUGUUUGGACAAAGCGCAUCCCUCGUGAACGUCCCUUGACUGCGUAGUUAGUAGAUGCCAAACAGCAUAUUUGGCAGUUUGCAUUUGUGUUUUAACCUUCACGAUCUCCCUCCCUUUUAAUAUUGUACCCAUGUUACCAGUGAGGGAACUCAGCUCCAUGCACCGAAGGACACGCUAGCUGGGAAGAAGAGGAAAAAGGAUCUGAAUGUCUGUGCUCUUCCCCCUGUAAGAGGCAAACUCUCAAGGCGGUGUUGGAAGCUGACUGGGUCCCAGGAGCAGAUGGCUGUGUAGCUUCCCUGGGUGGACAAGGGGGCACUGGGGCUGCUCCCAUACCACCUUCCCUGUGGCAUAUAUUGAGGUCUGCCUUCGGAGCCUCAACAACUGCUUCUCCAGGGCAGGGGAAGUCCCAGGAUCCUGGAAGUUGUUCCCUGUCCCCAUGCUGGUGUCCCUUAGGAGAUAGUGCAAAGCUAUGUUGGCUCAAGGACCAGCAAAAGUGGGUCACUACUAAACUAAACAUAGCAAGCAGUAUCCCAGUAAGGAGUUGGCCAACCAAGGGAGCCAAGCAGACUCCUGUACCUCCCUGCUGGGGCCUUGUGCUCCUUUCUAGGUAUCUAGGUGAGUUGUCUCUGUGUGUGCUCUCCCUGAGAGCAUCCUGCAGCAGCCCUUUCCCCCUUUUGGCAGAUACGCUUAAGGGAAAUAUAGAGAGCUAGAAUCAGGACUCAAGGUUCUAGCUCUUAGCCCAAAGUUCGCACCUGUGAAUUAGCUGCCAGGAGAUGAGAUUAGAAGCCCUUCAUCCCACUGACCCAGCAGAAGAGGAGGGAAUCCAGUCCCACUCUGUCCUGCCUGCCUCAGGGAUCUCCCAUUCACAGUGCUCAUCUGCUACAAUGCUUUUGGCACCACAAAGCCAGCUUGCCUGGGGUGGCUUGCAUCUACCUGCAGUGCCAAAGACUAAAAAGCCCUCUGGUGCACACCCAGCCCCUAGUCCCUACCACAGGCCACAGACUGGCUGCUUGCCCAGGAGGUUCCUCUGGCCCACUGCAGUAACUUGAGUACCUUCCUUCUUUCUCAGCCUGUAAGGCCUACUCCCCUGAGUUUGGGUCAAGCCUGAGGUGCUUCUUGUACCUUGACCCAUGCCCAGGACCCUGGAGAAAAGUGGCAUUGGGCAAAAGGAACCUGGGAGAGAGGGACCCACCUCUUCAAGACCCCAUACUUGGAAAGAGGCCCCAUAGCAUGAUUUUCAUCAAUUUUUGGCCACUUAGGCAUAAACAUCCUUUGUGAAGCUGUUUUGCAGGGUUUGAUUAACUUCUAAGGGACAAAGCUACUUGGGUUGUAUGUGUGUUCUAUUUGAUUUUGGCUUUCAGUGACUUUUAAGUAUUGUGUGCACACCUACUAUAUGGUGGUACUGGGUAGACCAGAGUGCGAGAGCUCCAUCCCUGGUGUCACGAGCUGUGAGUUGUGUCUGCCUGCACUGCUGAAGGCACAUCUUUCACCUCACCUCCUUCUGCCAGGUCAGCCAAGUGGGAGUGAACCUUCUCUGACUUCCUGUGGACAGAUGUUUCCCUGCAAGUGGAAAAAGAAUUUGAUUUUUCCACUACCAUUACUAUGCUAAUGUGAAGUGUAGAUGCAGAAGCUACAUUCCUCCUGCUCACUGUUCUUUGCUGCAGUCACACUGAUGACCUUAGGGCAGGCAACUAGAAGCACUCUGUCUCAAUGGCCAAAGACUCUCCUAGCUGUCGUUGCCUAGGGACUUAAGUUUACAACAUCCUGAACCAUGGCUACUAGUUUAGGAGUGAUUGCUAGAGCAUAAGAAAACUCCCUGGAGUCAGGGCCAUGGAAGAGGUCCUGAGUCAUUGUAACAAGGUCCAUAUCAAGCAACGGGCAGGUCACAGGUACUUAGACAUGCUCCCUCUUUCAUCCCCAUGACAACCUUCUAGGGUAAGUAGCUUUACACCUGAUGUGUAAUAAGAAAUUGAGAUGCAGUAAGGGAAAUCACAUACCCACUUUUAUCCAGGUAGUAGCCACACUGGGACCCAAAUCCAGGUGACUCCCGUGUGUCCAUUAUUUUCUGCCACUAUCAGCAGUGAAAUGUGCAUAGGAUUGCAGGGCAUGAAGUGUCACAUUUAGGUGUCAUGCUCUACCCCUUGGUCAGACUUUUCAGUAGGUCACAGGCCAAAGCCAGCUGAAAGAGUGGCCGGAGGUGGAGGUGGCCUUUCUGUGCUCACCCCUGCUCACUGCCUUGUGAUGACUACUUUAUCUUCCAUCUGCAGGCAAAUGUACAGCAUGUUGUAGAGCCACCAGAUACUUAGGAUAUCUGAAUGUCAGGACCAGCACUUGAUAAAAUAGGCUUUUGCUCAAAUUUUGCCUUAGAAUCAUCCCUUGCCAUUUGGUAGGCAUAUGUCAUUGUCUCAGGGUGAGACUUGGAAAGAGCUGAGUUCCAGAUUAAACCACCUUUAAUGUCACUACCCUCUAGGAAAUUCUAGAGCUCAUUCUUUGCUUUCAAUAGUCAUUUUAACCCUCUGCCACAAGGCUGCCCCACAGAAUUGAUUUCUAUGGUAAAGUUCUUGGCCUUUAACAAUUUUCUGAGUCCACUGGAAAUUCCAUUACCAGGUAGGAAGUGGGAAAGCAUGCAUGCCGCAUUAAAGGGCAGGUGCCGAAUCUGCCCAGGGCUUUGGAACAGCCUUGGACUGGACGGAUAGUCUAGUGUUUAUGACCGAGUACCCAGUACUGAAGGACAAAGCAGGAAUUACUCCUGCCUUCAAAUAGCUGGCAACUUGACAUCACCAAGAACGGGUUGGGAGUGUUGCUCAUUGGUAGAAUAUUGAAGCCCCUCCGAGUUGGAUUACCAACACUGAAAACAACAAACAUUCACAGCCUGGUUCCCUAUCCUUCCAUGGUACCAAGUCUCAAGUGUCAGAGUAGGCUGCCCUCUGGGAGGCCUUGCUCUUCUCUUUGGACUGUGACAGUGGAUACCUACCAACCUGAACUCUGUGUGGCACUGUUGGUCCCCUUGCUAGUUGUCCACUCCCAUCUCUUUCAGCACUUUUGUGUGUACUAUGGACAGCCAUACCAUACAGAAACCAAAGACUACCUGGUGUCAGCAGACUCUGGUCUCAGUGAGUGGGAGAUUGGCUAGCAUUGAAGUAUGAACUUGCCUUGGACUACUUUGGAUGAAUUGCCCCUCACUUGGCUAAAGAGCUGGACUGACAGCCCAUGAGGGUUCCAAGCAGAGCUGCAGAGUUAAAAUGGGGGAGAAGAUGGCUUCCCUACUCCUCACCUGCUGGGCCACCUUCUGAGCAUCCUUGCCACCCACUGACGUCCAGCCGGACAAGGUGACGUCUGGUCUGGUGCUAUCUUACUGAGGGAUCAGUCCCCUCAUCACAUUUCAGCAUUCCAUCUCCCUCUCCCUGUCUGUUCUGUACUUCAGAGGAAACCUUUUGAGCUCCAGAGAUAAAGAGCUUAACCUUCUCUGUCCUUGAAAAGACCAGACAUGGUGCCAUAGCCAGUGGCCUUUGCUUUCACAUCUCGAUACAUUAAAACAGAAGGUGCUCCCAGCAGGCCUACUAUACAGCAAUAGUAGCAAUACUAAGCAAUUCUAAUGCAACAAAGAUGUCCAGAGUUUACCCCCGUGCAUACCUGUUUAUGCCUUUGUGCCCUGUAAUUACUAGCAGCAACUCUCCUCUUGGAAGAGUGGUACUAACUCUGAUUAUGACACCUUAGCUGCAGCCCACAUGUUCUGCUUCAGGGAGCUGCCAAGUAACUCGGCCAUUUCUUCCAUCCCUUGGGAAACGGUGGGCUCUGAAUAGUGUUGUUGCAUCAGCUUGUGUCUGCUUAUAGGAUACACUGGGGACCCCUGGACACCUCAGCACUUCUUGCACCCUCUUGAAAAAAUGACUGAUUCUGGUGGCGCCUUUUGAUUCCUUUUAACACAAAACAUAAAUAUAAAUGUGAGGGGGGAUGAAUAACUAACUGUAGCAUGUAGAAAAUAUAUACUUUACCAUUAGAGUUUUUUUUUUUAAUAAACAAAGUGCUUGACUGGU